AUGAGUUCCAGCAAGGAUUCAGCGUCCGGCGUUCCCGCCCACAGCAAAGGUUCCUGGACAAGUUUCCUUAAGUCUAUCGCCUCCUUCAACGGAGAUCUUUCUUCCCUGACCGCCCCGCCCUUUAUUCUCUCGUCCACCUCCUUGACCGAAUAUUCUGCCUACUGGGCCGAACACCCAGGCCUUUUUGUGGCUGCCGCAAAAGAAGCGGAUCCAGAGAAGAGAGCUCUGGCCGUCUUGAAGUGGUUCCUCAGCACUCUUCACCAGCAAUACUGCAGUCGCAGUGAGAAGCUCGGUAGCGAAAAGAAGCCCUUGAACCCUUUCCUGGGAGAGUUGUUCCUUGGCAAAUGGGAUGCCGAUGCGGAUGUGGGCGAGACCACCUUGAUCAGUGAGCAAGUCAGCCACCAUCCCCCUGCUACUGCUUAUGCUAUCCGAAACGAGAAGCACGGCGUCGAGCUCCAAGGAUACAAUGCCCAGAAGGCAUCCUUCUCCAGCACCAUUCAAAUCAAACAGAUCGGACAUGCCCUGUUGACCCUCACUCCUCCGGGUGCGGAUAAGAACGAUCCUUCUCAGCAGGAGCGGUACCUGAUCACCCUCCCGCACUUGCACAUUGAAUCCCUUAUCUACGGAACGCCGUUUGUCGAAUUGGAGAAGUCCACUCGCAUUGCCAGCAGCACUGGCUACGUGGCGAAGAUUGACUACUCUGGCAAGGGCUGGCUGAGUGGCAAGAAGAACACCUUCAGCGCCAUCCUUUUCAAGGAAAACGAGGGCGAGAAGAAGCCUCUGUACACUGUUGACGGACAAUGGUCGGAUUCCUUUGUCAUCAAAGACUCCCGCAAGCAUGAGGUGGAUAGAUUCUCCGUCAAGGACACGAAGACCACCCCGUUGACUCUGGCGCCCGUCGACCAGCAAGACCUCUAUGAGAGCCGGCGGGCAUGGCGCGACGUUGCGGCAGGCAUCGAGCGGGGCGAUAUGGAUGCCGUGUCCGUGGCCAAGUCGAAGAUCGAGAACGCCCAGCGCGAGCUUCGCAAGGUCGAGAAGUCGGAAGGCCGCGAGUGGGACCGACGCUUCUUCAAGCGUGUCAACGACACCGACGAUGAGGAAUUCUGGCGACUUGCGAGAAUGAUCGGCGUUACGUCCUUGGAGAGCGACAAGACCGGCGGUGUCUGGCGGUUCGACCCUACCAGCGCUGCGGACGCCAAGCCCCCUUACCACAAGACUGGCGGCGAGGGUCUGGGAAUUACUGCAUGA